AUGACGGUUAAUAUCAAGGUCAUUAAGGAUAGCUAUGUGCGCCCUACGACCCCCCCGGCCACUUCCGCCGGCUCGUCUCCUCCACGCGUCGAGCUUGCUGGAGUCGAUGUUCUCUUUAACCGCAUGAAUCUCCGCGUGGUCUACUUCUUCCCUGCUCCCCUUUCCCCUCACGUCCUCCGCUCUUCUCUCUCCAAAGUCCUGGACAAGUACCCCAUUCUGGGGGGGCGCCAACGAAAGGAGGGAAAGAAGACGCACUACAUCGAAUUGAACGGGAAAGGGGUCUUGGUCCGGCAACAAUUGGCUACCGUGAAAGGCGGGGACAAGGGGAAAGGUGCCCUUUUGGACGACGAGUUCAUCAAAACUCACAUCCAUUCCUUCGUGCAUGGAAAUAAAUCUGCCGCCGUGAACCAAGACCGAGAGAGCAACCUCAUCAUCACCCUCACCGAAGUUGACUACGAGCAGGAGGAGGAGGCAGGGAUG